CAAAUUUUGAAUAUAAAAUAUUUUUUCAAAACCAACGCACAACUACGAGUAUAACGGGAAUUUUUAAUUUAGUAGGAAUAUAAUUUCAGAAAGUAUUAUCAGACAUCAGACAUAAAAAGUCUACAGUAAUCAAAAUGAGGACGCGAAGCAGUACUAAGGGAGACAGCAUAAUAUGUAAUAGACGCUUGCGGAACAUCGUAAAUAUGAAAAAUUGGGAUGAAAUCUUUGAUGCGCUGCAGUCUUCAUCAGAAAAGAUGAAAAAGUAUAAAAGGUCGAAGGAAGAGAUUGCCCGUGAAUUCGACCUUCCGGAGCGCCAAUCUAAAAUUGCCACUAUCAUGAAGCAAGAUGGUCAAGUGUAUUGCAUUUGUCGUUCAUCUGAUUGCUCUCGUUUUAUGAUUGGCUGUGAUUGUUGCGAAGGUUGGUAUCACGGAGAUUGUAUUAAUAUAACAGAAAAGGAAUCUAAGCAUAUAAAGCACUACUAUUGUCAAAAGUGUAGGGAGGAAGAUCCUAGUCUCCAGAUUAUUUUCCGUGUUAUACCAAUGAGUACUUCUAAUUCCGUCACUUCAUCACAAAACAAUGGCAUCGAUGUGUUCAAACAAAAAAAACCCAAAGUACCAGAAAAUAAUACAAGUAAUCGUUGCGGUACUUGUGAUGGUUGUCGUACACCAAAUUGUGGUUCUUGCGAUUCUUGCCUUGUACGUGUUGGUCACAAGCCUCGUUGUGAGCUACGUAUAUGUGUGAAUCAGAAUGGAAUUAAAAUGGAGAAACCAGUUAGGCGUAAACGUAAAGAAAAACUUUCAAAGGAUCGUUCUAAAAAAAGCAAACGUUCACCUUCGCCUGAAAUGUAUAGAAAUCCUGAAUUGGAAGGUAUUAGGCAAUGUUAUGGUCCACGUUGCCGCAUGUCCGCGCGACCACAAUCGAAAUAUUGUAGUGAUGAAUGCGGAAUUGCCUUAGCAUCCAAUCGCAUUUUUCAGGUAUUACCAUCUCGCUUACUGGAAGGACCAUUCGGUAAUUGCCGCGCUGACGAAGAGAGCAAGAAACAAUUAGAUCAAAUACGUUAUAAACUACAAAAUGCAAAUAUUGCUUUGAAGGAAUUAGAAAAACGUCAUAUGGAACUAGAUUUGAUUGUUGAACGUGCUAAACGUAGCACCGUUGAUACUGAAGCAGGCGAAAACAAUGAUGUUGAAGAUGAGCAAUCUAUGUAUUGUAUUACUUGUGGUCAUGAAAUACAUUCCCGUACUGCCAUUAAGCAUAUGGAGAAGUGCUUUAAUAAGUACGAAUCACAAGCAUCCUUUGGUAGUACAUGUAAAACUAAAAUUGACGGCAAUACCAUGUUUUGUGAUUUUUACAAUCCUGCUAGUAAGACCUAUUGCAAACGUUUGCGUGUAUUGUGUCCAGAGCAUUGUAAAGAUCCCAAGAUUAAUGAUAAUGACGUUUGUGGUUGUCCAAUUGUUAUAAAUAUAUUUACAAUAACUGCUGAAUUUUGUCGUGCUCCAAAGAAGUACUGCUACAAACACUAUAUGUGGGAGAAGAUACGUCGUGCUGAGAUAGAUUUGGAACGCGUUCGUCAGUGGCUGAAGUUAGAUGAUCUGCUAGAGCAAGAACGUCAAAUACGUCAUCAGAUGUCAUCACGCUCCAGCUUAUUAGGUCUAAUGUUGCAUUCAACUUAUGAUCACGAUUUUUUGGAUGAAAUUUUACGCUUGCAAAUGGUGGUUGAAAAGGCGCCACACUUUCGUGAGCACUAUUUCCAACAAUAUCCACAUCUUAAAGAUUUCAUGGCUAGACAAAAACAAUUCGAACAGAGUUGUAAUAAGUAUUUUCUACAAUCGCAAGAGACAAUUCAACAUGUGAAUAAUAUGCAACAACAAGAAGUGGUACUGCAACAACAAGAAGCAUUACGUUUUCAGCAGCAGGGAAUGACAAUGCAACAACAAGAAGCACUGCUAAUGCAGCAACAAGAAAUGAGACUACAACAACAAGAAGCUUUGCGACGACAACAGCAAGGAGUAAUUAGACAUCAGGAAGUAUUGCCGUUGCAGCAACAAGCAGUACCGCUACAACAACAAUAUAGAGGGGCUAUGUUAUAACAAUAACAUAGAGGAAGACUUAAUGAGUGGUUUUUGUUUAUUAGUUAGAAUUACCGAUUUGAUCUAUAAAUAAAGCAUAAGAUGUACCAUUCAUCACAGUUGAAACACAAUAAAACAGGGGAGAUAUUAGAAAUCUUAAUAAAGCUUGUCAAUAUUUUACCAA